CAGCGCUGCACCGGAAGUGGCGGUGAGACUGUAAACAAUAAGCAAACGAGCAGCAUCCAUCUUUAUUUCUGUGGAGAGGUUCGGCACAGCAAGCCGUCAUGGGGGCUGUUCUCGGACUCUGCUCUAUGGCAAGCUGGAUUCCCUGCCUGUGUGGCAGCGCCCCCUGCUUGUUAUGCAGGUGUUGCCCCAGCGGAAACAAUUCUACGGUGACCCGGCUGAUAUACGCGGCCUUUAUGCUGCUGGGAGUGGGUGUGGCCUGCAUCAUGCUCAUGCCUGGAAUGGAGGGGCAGCUGAAGAAGAUUCCAGGGUUUUGCGAAGGAGGGAUGGGAACAUCUUUGCCGGGCGUGCAGGGUCACGUCAACUGUGACGUCCUCGUGGGCUACAAGGCGGUGUACCGUGUCUGCUUCGGCAUGGCGAUGUUCUUCCUACUCUUCUCGCUUCUUAUGAUCAAGGUCAAGAGUAGCCAAGACCCCCGAGCUGCAGUGCAUAAUGGGUUCUGGUUCUUCAAGUUUGCCGCUGCCACCGCCAUUACCGUUGGGGCUUUUUUCAUUCCCGAGGGACCCUUCACGACUGUGUGGUUCUAUGUGGGCAUGUCCGGGGCCUUCUGCUUCAUCCUCAUUCAGCUGGUGCUGCUGAUCGACUUUGCCCACUCCUGGAACGAGUCCUGGGUGGAGAAGAUGGAGGAGGGUAACUCCCGCUGUUGGUAUGCAGCUCUUCUGUCAGUGACGACUUUGAACUACAUCCUGUCUCUGGUGUCCCUGGUCAUGUUCUACAUCUACUACACCCACGCCGACGGAUGCACUGAGAACAAGGCUUUCAUCAGUAUCAACAUGCUGCUGUGCAUUGGGGCCUCCGUCAUGUCUGUCCUGCCCAAGAUCCAGGAGUCACAGCCGAGGUCCGGCCUGCUACAGUCCUCCAUCGUUACUCUGUACACCAUGUAUCUCACCUGGUCCGCAAUGACCAAUGAGCCGGAGAGGAAGUGUAAUCCGAGCCUGCUGGGAAUCAUUGGCUAUAACAGCACCGGCCCAAUCAGCCGUGACCAUGUGGUUCAGUGGUGGGAUGCCCAGGGCAUUGUGGGAUUGAUCCUGUUCCUCCUCUGUGUCCUGUACUCCAGCGUCCGAAACUCCUCCAACACCCAGGUUAAUAAGCUGACCCUGACCAGCGACGAGUCUGCCCUCAUUGAGGAUGGCCCCGGUCACCCAGACAACUUCGAGGAAGGAGAUGGUUUGAAUCGCGCCGUGGAUAACGAGAAGGACGGGGUCACCUACAGCUAUUCCUUCUUCCACUUCAUGCUCUUUUUGGCCUCCCUGUACAUCAUGAUGACGCUGACCAACUGGUACAGUCCUGACUCCAACUAUGAGACCAUGACAAGCAAGUGGCCGUCCGUCUGGGUCAAGAUCUCGUCCAGCUGGAUCUGCAUCGCCCUGUAUGUCUGGACCCUGGUGGCUCCACUGGUCCUGACCAACCGUGACUUCGACUGAAUGCCGGCGGAGGAGGCCCCACGCCCCAGCGGUGCACAUGCGGCGUGACGGGCCGUCGUCACUGUACAUACCAUGAGUAUAUUGCCCAGGUUUCUUUCUCCCAUGCAUGAGCGUCACUUUUUUGUGUUGAACUGUCAGCAGGAGAGCUUGUCGGAAAUGCAAGAAAGUUAAAACAUGGCAGCUGCUGAAGCUGUCUGUAAGCAUUGCUUUUAAAUGUGUCCGAACUGGGAUUUAGGAAGAAUGUUUAAAUUAAAGUUUUUGUUACUGAUUACCGGGGGGGGGGGGGGGGGUGCUUUUAUUAAAACAGAAUGGGGGGGGGGAGCUUGAAUGACUGUAGAUUGUAAACAGCUUCAUAGCAUCAUUUUGCCGUCUUUAAAAUUUUAAAUCCAAUGAUUAUGGCUGUUGAGCGUAACUUAGUUUCUUUGAGUUAAAAAGUAGAGGGACGCUUGUGAGAUUUUUUUCCUUUCUUUGACUAUUAGCUGAGGAGCUUCACACGUUAGCACAUAAGGAACUGUGACGUGAAACGUGACCAUUUGCAUGCUUUGUGUCGCCAUCGGUUACGAUUUCCCUGCAUCCUUUUGCUGUUUCUGAUUUUGUGAUUUUUUUUUUGGUCGUCCUGUCAGAGCUUAACCAGAAAACUUUGGCUUGCUGUUCAUCGUGAAGGUAUGAUGUAGUAUGAUUUGACUAAUUUUGUUUAAUCCUGUUUCUGGUCUUCAAAAGUUUUGCAUUUGUUGUAAAACGUCAGUUUUAAUUUCGUAUUUAUGUAGUAGGAAGUGACGGUAAUUGCACUUUUUGUAUCAGUGUUUGCUUUCAGAUGGUGCACAGUGGUUGUAUAUGCUCACCUAAUUUUUUUUUGGCACUGGAACUUGCCUCUGCACUAUAAUCUUUCUUCCCUUCACUAGCUCCAGGAUGUUACUCUUGUACAGUUACACUGAAGUAAAGUAACCUGAAAUAAAAACCUGCCCCAGGGUGUCCUGUGAA